AUGCGGAUGUGCAGCUUGGGAACAGCGAGAGAGGGAUGAGCUUGCGUCAGCGUGCGCGUCGGUAGAUGAGGUCGCGCGCUGCCGCCGCCGCCGCCACAGUGCAUCCUCGUACGUCGCGCCGUCAGUAUGCUGUGCCGUGCGGCAUCGGGCAACGCCCACUAAUACGCUCGGAGUAGACGCGCUCGCCGCCCGCCGCCAGUAUUGCUCCAGCCUUGACGGCAUUCGCAUUCCAACGCCGCAGCGCAACGCACCGCCGCCGCCGGCCGCCGCUUUUUCUCGCUGGCGACGCACGGCCGCAUGAUACACCACGCACCACGUCCGACGUUAAUAAAUAUUAAUGAGUGUCGCAUUAAUUUCGCGUUAAUCGUGACGAACAAUUAGAUGGAAAAUCGUCGGCGAUUAAAUUAGUUGCGCGGAACGCAAGUUUAAUUUGGGCGCUACUUCUUAAAACCAAAAAGAAAAAAGAAAAAAAAACUUCUCAACUCCACAACACCACAAGGAGUAAUUUCAAGCUUACCACAGUCAGGACGAAGAUGUUGUUCAGUGUUUUCGACAAAAAGUCGAGUGAUUCAUACGAAAAACUGCGGAAUUCAAGCGACGCGCCGGAAAAUAAGUGCCAGCGGAAAAGUGCGAUCAAAUUAAAGUUGACAAACGCGCACUCAACUCGCACGGACAAGAUGUGGUGGAUACUUUCGCAAGCUCUCGCCCUCCUGGCGCUCACCAGCAGUCGAGUCGAGUGUUUACGCCUGACAAAAAUGUCCGCCCCUGGAGUAGUUGAUUACCGCUCCACGCUGCAUCUCGAAUGCCAGUUUGACAUGGGUGGUGAGCUGUUGUACGCCGUGAAGUGGUACAAAGAUGACCAUGAAUUCUUCCGCUACCAACCACACCAACAACCACAUCAAUUAUUGUUCCCUGUUCAUGGCGUCCGCUUAGCCAACGAAACCAUUGAUUGUGGCACACGUAGAUGUCAGUUGACUCUGGAUCAUCUGGUGAGGCAACGCAGCGGUGGUGCUUACCGUUGUGAAGUCUCAACAGAAGCCCCAGCAUUCCGCCUCAUCUCCGAAACACGGAAUGUAACAGUUGCGGCGUUACCAGCCGAAGGACCUUGGAUUGAAGACUUGGAAGCGCACUACGCCGAGGGGGAUAUCCUCACGGCGAAGUGUCUAUCAGCACCGUCGGAUCCACCGCAGUUGAUUACUUGGUAUAUCAAUAAGGAGCUGGCGGCCGGCAAGUACGUCCGCGACAUCAAGCGCAGCAAGCCGGACGAGAACGGGCUGGCGUCGUCCUCGCUGAUCAUCCGGCUGGUCGUCGAGACGCAGAAGUACGGCAAGCACAUCGACCUCAGCUGCGUGGCGUCGUUCGACGGGGUGCCGGAAUCAGCGCGCACCGCGAGCAAAACGGUGGCGCUCUUCGACCAUGAGACGCAGAUCCAGCAGCACAGCAAUCCGAGCUUCACCUAUUGGUACAGCUCAACGACAACAGUGCGCACUGAUAUCCUGCUGGUCAUUACCGCAUUAGGAGUGGUAGUACUCCGUACGAAUCGAUAAGCGGCGUGCAGAGUGUAAUUAUUGUGCAACCGGGACGAUACGUCGAAUUAAGAUGAAAAUGUGUUGUGAUUUAAAGGUAUAAAGUAAGUUAAAGUACUAGUUAUAAGUGUGUAGGGGAGUCGGUGGUGAACCGCGAGUGAAAGUGAGAAUUUGAACGCGCGCAAUGCUUGCGGCUUGUCUGCAUAACAUCUCGCGCGGUGCCGGGCCGGUUUGGAAACCAAAUAGAUAAAUCACCAAACCAACAUGUGCCGGCGUGGGUCGGCAUGCGCGCGCGAUAAAAGAAAGCAAAAGGGACGAUGUAGUUGAAAGGAAUUCGGGCGGGUGGUGGGUUCGCGAAGACACGCGCCACGCGCGAGGACCCGAAAGCACUAGGAACUAAGGACCGUAGUAAAAGAGUCCGUUCCGCGCCAUGGAAAAAAAAUGGCCAAUGAAAGGUAGAAAAACGCAGGGAGAAUCCAGCGUAGAGAAGAGAAAAAAAGGUCCCCUGAAGACCAAAAACCUGCUUUGGCUGGCAGCGAGCGAGCGGGUGGUUUGCGUGUCCCAUUUGUCGAUUUCGUACGAUUUGCACAUCUUUGCACAACCUCGCACGUGUCCACCCACGUCUAGGCCGAGGCCGUCCGGCCGGCCAAACACGGUAACAUGCUUCAUCCGCCCGCAUUAGCCUUGUCUUGUCGUGUUGUAAGAGGGGACUCACGCAAGCGAGGCACGUUGUGCUGCUGCCCCACGGGCGGCCGGCGGUCGCUUCGGUUCCUAUUGCACCUUUUCUACUCGCUCUCUACCCGGACCGGCUUUCUAAUCAUUAUGUGACGAUACUCAACUGUCCUCUUUAUUUCCUUCGCCGGCACUGGUUAAUUUUAUUCCUGCGCAUGCGCAAUUGAAUGCACUACGUCCACUAUGUAUUAAUUAAACAAUUAUCUUCGAAUUGUAUACUGUUACGCUUGCUGCGCGGGGCGAAGCGGUGAAUUUUUCAUGAAAUUAGCCCCAAACAAGAAUAUAAUUGAACUAUUUUGUCAUCCUGUGCCGCCCCCAACCACCAUUCGCGCAGAGUACACCUCACGCCCCACAAGCGAAAACAUAUAAAAGCACUUUUCAUGAUAAUUCGAUAACGUUACAAAAACACUAAUUAAUGAGUGUUAGUUAGUAUAUUAUUCAUAUAUAUAUAUAUAUAUAUAAACAAAUAAAUAUAUAUAUACUAUAUGUUACUAAAUGGCCAAAUAAAAUAUGAUCUAAAGCUCACUCAUAUCAAGGUAUUUAAAAAGCGAGGCAAACUAAUUAGCAGAGCUGACGGAAACGGCGGUGGCGGCAACGACAAGAGAGAAGAGGAAUCGCCGAAAAUCAAAGCGAACGCGAUAUCCAUUAGCGCUAGAUAUCAAAACGCCCGCCGGAGACACCGAUUAUUACCAAACUUGAAGCAAGCAGGCAAAAUGGAGAAGAGAAAAAAUAUCAUGCCAAAAGUUUUAUGAGAAUUUUAAACGUUUAAUAUUGAAAGAUUUUUGAUUAUUUAUAAGCUAUAAGACGCUCGAGGAGUACUCAAAGAAUGUUUAUCGUCCUCUUUACUUCGAUGAAGCGGUUGUACGAUCGCGCGCUCGAUUUUAUUCGGUCGUCGAAAUAAAUUUCCGCACACGAAACUGAAAUCGCGCGCGACCGAUAAAAGCACUCACCAUCGAGAUGUACUUGUUAAUUUAAAGCGUUUUAGUUUCAAAUUGUACAUAAGAAUGAAAAUAUUUUACCAAUAAGAUGACAGGCGUAAGUAUUAUGAGCACGAAACUAUGAUACGAUAUGUAAACCUAAUGAUAGUUGUAAUUUAUCCAAAAAUAAAUGCUGGACGAAUGACAAAGGAAGCGGAAGUGUGAACGCAAGACUCAAUUAAAUUAAAACUGAGCGAACAGAUGAUUAUUCAAGAAAACUGUAUAAGCAAUAAGUUUCCCUAAAAAAAACACUAACUAGGCGAAUGAAAUGAAAAAUCAAAUAAACAAAACUAUAGCAGAGGACGAAAUAAAUUAAUCCAGAAAUUAUAUAGAUAUACAUAAAUUACAAUGGUUAAUGAGAUUUUGAGUGAUUUUGAUUGAAAACGACUGCGUACGAAAUCUAUGUCCACAUUAACUGUACUAUGGUAAAUUGUACUAUGUAAGAAUUGUGAUUGGUUUGGUUGACUUCAUUUUGCAAGCGAGGAAUUUCAAAACCAUUAUGGAAAUGCACUACAAAUGGAACUAUUAUUAAAGUAUGAAUAAAUAAAUGAAUUAUUAAACAUUCCA